AUGGCAGCGAUCAGUUUGUUGAAUCCUAAAGCUGAAUUCGCUAGAGCUGCCCAAGCGUUGGCUGUUAAUAUAUCAGCUGCGAAGGGAAUUCAAGAUGUAAUGAGAACGAAUCUCGGGCCGAAGGGCACCAUGAAAAUGCUAGUGUCUGGAGCAGGUGACAUUAAAAUCACGAAGGAUGGGAAUGUAUUGCUGCAUGAAAUGCAAAUACAACAUCCGACAGCGUCUUUGAUCGCCAGAGCAUCCACUGCUCAGGAUGAUGUUACUGGAGAUGGUACAACUAGCACAGUAUUAGUCAUUGGGGAACUUCUGAAGCAGGCUGAUAUAUGUAUAUCUGAGGGCCUUCAUCCUAGAAUGCUCACUGAAGGUUUCGAAUUGGCUAGAAUCAAGACUUUGGAAGUACUGGACUCCUUGAAAAUCCCUAUCGAGCCGGUGAAGGAAAAUCUAAUAAACGUUGCUAGAACGUCGCUCAGAACUAAGGUUCAUCCUACCGUAGCCGACAAGCUGACAGAGAUCUGCGUAGAUGCAGUUUUGACCAUUAGGCAAAAAGAUCAGGAAAUCGAUCUGCACAUGAUUGAAUUAAUGGAAAUGCAGCACAGAACUGCGGCUGACACUAACUUAAUUCGUGGUAUUGUAACUGAUCAUGGAUCCAGACAUCCAGAUAUGCCUAAGAGAGUAGAGAAUGCUUACAUAUUGACUUGCAAUGUUAGCUUAGAAUAUGAGAAGAGCGAGGUGAACAGCGGAUUCUUUUACAAAACUGCCGAGGAACGGGAGAAAUUGGUAGCUGCAGAACGCGAGUUCAUUGAUAAUCGGGUAAAGAAAAUAAUCGAGUUGAAGAAGAAAUUGUGCGACGGAACAGACAAAUCAUUCGUCGUGAUAAAUCAGAAGGGGAUUGAUCCACCGUCGUUGGACAUGCUCGCUCGGGAAAACAUUUUGGCUUUGCGUAGAGCGAAACGUAGAAAUAUGGAACGCUUAGCGCUGGCUUGCGGUGGAACAGCUAUGAAUUCUUUUGACGAUUUGAAGGAGGAACAUUUGGGAUGGGCUGGACUUGUUUACGAACACGUAUUGGGCCCAAAUAAAUACACUUUAGAACAAUUGAAAGACGCUGUAAGAGAUGGCCUAAGAGCUAUUAAAAAUGCUAUUGAUGAUGGCGCUAUUAUCCCCGGUGCUGGUGCUUUCGAAGUAGCCGCUAGUCAAGCACUCCAUUUAUACAAAGAGAAAGUAAAAGGAAAACAACGCUUGGGUGUACAAGCUUAUGCAGAAGCUUUGCUCAUCAUUCCGAAAACUCUCGCUGUAAAUAGUGGAUUCGAUGCACAAGAUACAAUUGUUAAAUUGUUAGAAGAAAGAUCUACGUUAGGCGAGGCAGUAGGAUUAGACAUUUCUACUGGUGAAGCGUUGAAACCCACAGAUGCUGGUAUUUAUGAUAAUUACAAUGUGAAGAAGCAAAUUAUUAAUUCGUGGUAGGUACAUUUAUAAAAUCUUAUUUAAAUUGAGAUUUUACGGUACCGAGAUUUUCUUUAAAAUAUGAACUUUUAUUUACAGCACAAUCAUUGCUAGCAACCUUCUUUUGGUUGAUGAAAUUAUGAGAGCAGGAUUAUCGUCCCUAAAAGGUUAAAUACGGAACGAGAACGCUUUACGGUUUUAUGGUUCUUUCAUCUAAUUUAAAUGUUACAUUUGCACGAUCUCUAUGCAUAAUUUCUGUUUUUAUAUGCUUUUAAGUAACAAGAGAAUUGCACAGCGUAACAAAUAAAAUUUAA